CCCUACCAACGUCCGCUGUCAUCUCCAUCUUCCCCUCAAAACAUGAUCUCAGCCUUUGUGGAUGAACUCACCUCCUCCCUGGAACCUUCAUCAUCCCCCACAACACGUGCGUUGAGGCAGCAGCGGGAGUCUUGCGUGCGGCUCAGAGGCUGGAGGACAGCAGCAGCAGCAGCAUCAGCAGCAUCAGCAGCCGGAUACACCCCACACCGAGCUGACCCGAGCAACACGAUGGAGGCUGUGAGAGCCGCGGCUUGCCUCUGCCUGCUGGUGGGCGUCUCGCUCCAGGUGGACGCCAAAAGUGGGAAGGAGGCAGCGAGAGUCGGGAAUUUCAUGCACGAUGAGCAAUGGCUGUCAACCAUCUCCCAGUACAGCCGUAAGACCAAGCACUGGAAUCGCUUCAGAGAUGAAGUUGAGGAUGACUACAUCAGGAAUGCCGAGGAGACUGCUGGCUCUGAUGAAACUGUCGACACCACUAAGGACCCCUGCCAGAAUGUGAAGUGCAGUCGGCAUAAGGUGUGCGUUGCCGAAGGCUACCAGAGGGCCACAUGCAUCAAUCGCAAGAAACUGGAGCAGAGAGUUAAACAGGCGGGACAGCCGGAGCUCCAUGAAAGCAGCUGCAAGCCUUGCCCUGUUGCUGCAUCCUCCCCUGUAUGUGGCUCCGACGGACACAACUACGCUUCAGAGUGUAAGUUGGAGCAGCAGGCUUGCCUCACCGGCAAAGACCUGAGGAUCAUGUGUUCCGGAUUUUGCCCCUGCGCCACCGCUCCUGCUGCAAACGCUGACAUAAAACGUGAGAGCUGCACCGGCCAGGACCUGGCCGAUUUGGGCGACCGCCUCAGAGACUGGUUCCAGCUCCUUCAUGGAAACGCGAAGCAGAACAACUCUGCCAAGCCGGGUGCCGGCACAGCCUCAGUGCUGGAAAAAAGCCUGGUAGCCAGCUGCAAGGACUCCAUCGGCUGGAUGUUCUCUAAGCUGGACACCAACAGCGACCUGUAUCUGGACCAGGCUGAGCUGGCUGCCAUCAACUUGGACAAGUACGAAGUCUGCAUCCGGCCCUUCUUCAACUCCUGCGACAGCUACAAAGAUGGGAAGGUCUCCACAGCGGAGUGGUGCCUCUGCUUCUGGAGAGAAAAGCCGCCGUGCCUCGCCGAGCUGGAGAGGAUCCAAGUGCAGCAGGCUGCCAAGAAGAAACCUGGCGCCUAUAUUCCCAGCUGUGAUGAGGACGGCUACUACAGGAAAGUGCAGUGUGAUCUGAGCCGAGGGGAAUGCUGGUGCGUCGACCUGCACGGAGAGAUGAUCGGCUCCAGAAUCCAUGGAAGCCCAGACUGUGAUGAAGCAGCUGGAUACUCUGGAGACUUUGGUAGUGGAGUCGGAUGGGAAGACGAGGAGGAGAAGGAGGCCGAGGAAAACGGGGAGGAAGCCGAGGAGGAGGAAGAGGAGGAGGAGGAGGGCGAGGCGGACGACGGAGGAUACAUCUGGUAGAACUGUCUGACCCUGAAGAGCGAGCGCAGCAGCGGGCCUAUGAACCAACAGGCAUGGCCGUCACCUUUAAGGGGUGAAUCUGGAAUAGAACUGGAGAGGGAUGCAGUUGUUGUAAUUGAUGUUAAGGUGCCAGACAGGUUCGGUAACGAGACGAC